UUUAUCGACUGAGGGAAAAACAGACCGGAGACGGGAAGUAGACAAUAUACAAAGCUGUCAAGCUUCUCAGCGCACUACAGAGACAUUCAGACAGACAGAAAGUAAUGGAGAAUAGGAUGUUUUGAAGAUAACGUAACCGCAGGACGAGACUACUGUGGAGGCCAAGAUAAAAAACGAAUGUGAGAAAAGAGGGAUAACUGAGAAGGAAGAUAAAAAACAGUGUCGGACGUACGCAGUACGAAAUGGACGGGUCACUACGUCACACGGACCAGGACGAGGAAGGUUCUUCAGGCCGUGAACUCAGGCUGAUUCUGUUGGGCCGUGGGCACUCGGGGAAAAGCAGCGUGGGUAAUGUAGUUCUUGGCGACCAGGUGUUUGAGACACACUCUAACUCUGAGACAUCCCAUACGGAGGAGUGUGAGAAGAGGAAAGCUACUGUGGCAGGCAGAGAGGUGUCUGUGGUGGACACUCCAGACUGGUUUUGCUCAGAGCGCCCCCCAGAGGAGAUCCAACGUCAGCUCUCUCUCUGCGUUGCCCUGUCUGCCCCGGGGCCCCAUGCUUUUCUGCUGUGUGUCCCUGUCCAUCGUCAUGGGGAUCUGGACCUCCAAGCUCUGGGGGCCCUAGAAGAAGUUUUUGGCCCUGACGCCAUUAGUAAGUACACCUUGGUUCUCCUCACGCACGUAGACCUGCUCCCUGAAGGCCAAAGCUUAGAGGAGUACCUCUCCACCCAACGGAAGGACGUACUGGAGCUGGUGGAGAGGUGCGGGGACCGCUACCACACUGUGGAGAGGGGCGGAGGUGAGGAGAAGGAGAAGAAGACUGCGGUUGAGCUUCUGGAAAAGGUGGAGCAGAUGGUGGGAGAGGGCGGGGCCGAGUUCUACACCUGUUCGCUCUUCAUAGAGGCAGAGACACGAAUCAGACAGAGACAGGAGGAGAUAGCGAGGCAGAGGAGAGAGGAAGGUGAGGAAGACGUGGCGCCGGGUCAAGAGAGAACGAGGGAAGAGGCGGAGAGGAGCGUCCGAGACCUCCGGGUGGACGGCAUAAAUGCUCUCUCUCCUCCGUCACCCCCUCCCUCGUUCCUCCUCUCCGUGUGGAACUGGGUGACCGGCUGUCUCGGGAGAGUGGCGAAGCUGGUCAGGUUGGAGGCUCUGCUGGGAUCUUUAGUGGGGCUUUUUGUUGGAGGCCCACUAGGUGGCGCUAUGGGGGCAACCGUAGGCUCAGUGGCCACUGAGGUGGGCAGACGAAAACGCCUCAAAACAAAGUGAUAACACUCCUCCGUUCGCUAUCGCCGUCGGCAACACUUUAAAGCAAGUCGCUUCUGCUAAUGUCUUGUACUACUACAAAUUGGGGAAUAAGUGAUGAAACCCCUACCGAGGCGCUACCGUGACAGUGAAGUACUAAACACUCAAGUGUUACAAAUAAAAGCACGAAAAUUUAUUUGGUGCCAACACACUUCUAACAUCAUACUUGGGGCAAUGUUGGUUUUAGCUGGGGUAUUUUACAGGUGUUCUGAAAGCUCUUUUUUAGUACCUGGCUGUGUGCAGUGUUGUAUUUAAUUCUUUAAUGAAAUAUAUGUGUUAACUGUUUCCUGAUGCCCGGAGCAUUCUAUCCUUUUGAGUUUGGAGUCUGCACAGUAUGGAGUAACAUGGUGCUAAGGGGUAAAUGUACCAACUACAGCCA